CUUUCCCCUUUUCUUCCCAGAACCUUCUUUCUCUCUCUCUAUCACUUUGUCUCGAAUAAAAUUCGAUUAAUUGUAUCUAUCUAUCUAUCUAUUAGCUCUAUCAUGAACUCAAUUUCAUUAUAAUUCUUACACUCCCAAUUUCAUUUCUUCAAAUCUAUAAAUCUAUAAUCAAUCAAUCAAUAAAGCCUAGGGUUUCAUUUCCACAUCAUGAAACCGAUUCAACCACCGCCACCUUUCCCCGCCGCCGCCCCCGGUUCCGGACAUAACCGUAACAGCAGCAGCAGCAGCCGUCCACGCCGUCGUCCUGACCUAACCUUACCGUUACCACAACGUCCACCGCCACAAAUAGGCGUACCUCUCCCUCUACCACCGUCUUCCGCCCCUACUACCUCACAAACCACCACCGGAACCAUACAACAACCGUUUAACCUAUCGGAACUUGACAGGAUGAACAGAAUCGGUUCCGGCAGCGGCGGCACGGUCUAUAAAGUACUCCACCGUCCUUCCGGGCGGUUAUUCGCUCUGAAAGUGAUCUACGGUAAUCACGAAGACGACGUCCGCCGUCAGAUCUGCCGUGAAAUCGAGAUCUUACGUGAUGUUGAUAAUCUAAACAUCGUGAAAUGUCAUGAUAUGUUUGAUCACGCCGGUGAGAUCCAGGUUUUACUUGAAUAUAUGGACGGAGGUUCUCUAGAAGGUACACAUAUAGCUUAUGAAGCUUCAUUAGCUGAUCUAACUCGCCAGGUUUUAUCUGGUAUUUAUUACUUACAUCGUCGAAAAAUCGUACAUCGUGAUAUUAAGCCUUCCAAUUUACUCAUAAACUCCAAAAAACAAGUCAAAAUUGCCGAUUUCGGUGUUAGUAGAAUUCUAGCCCAGACUAUGGAUCCGUGUAAUUCCUCCGUAGGUACUAUUGCUUAUAUGAGUCCUGAACGAAUUAAUACCGAUUUGAAUCACGGAAAAUACGACGGUUAUGCUGGUGAUAUUUGGAGUUUAGGUGUUAGCAUCUUGGAAUUUUAUUUGGGACGCUUUCCGUUUGCAGUAGGUAGGCAAGGUGAUUGGGCUAGUCUUAUGUGUGCUAUAUGUAUGUCACAACCACCAGAGGCGCCUGCAACCGCCUCUCGUGAGUUUCGUGAUUUUGUUUCUCGCUGUUUGCAGAGGGAUCCUGCGCAGCGGUGGACUGCCGCCCAGUUGUUAAGGCAUCCGUUUGUUACAGGGACAACAGGGAGUCAUAGUCAGACUAGUAGUAAUAAUCAUGUGCAUCCGACUCAUCAACUACUUCCUCCACCUCCUCGUCCGAAUUUUUUUUCUCCGUCGUCGUCUUGAAAUUUGUUUUUUUUUUCUUCUUCUUUUUGUGUUGAAUUUACUUGUGUAACAUGAUCUAAGACUAUUAUCAUUUGGGCAAGAAUGAGAAAUUUGAUUUUUAGAGACAAGAAGUUGGAUAAAUUAAUUAAACCAAUUAUCAAUCAA